CCCCUUCCUCCUUCCUCCCGCCCCUCGACUGGGCAGCCUGGUAUUGAUGCUUCAGGGUUCGGAUCCGGCCCGAAUACACUCACCGAGCCCGUUUGGGAUACAGUGAAAAGAGAUCUGGCGAGGAUUGUCAGCAAUCUGAAGCUCGUGGUUUUCCCUAACCCAUUCAGGGAGGAUCCUGGAAAGGCAUUGCGCGAUUGGGAUCUGUGGGGACCGUUUUUCUUCAUUGUCUUUCUCGGACUGACCCUCUCGUGGUCGGCAUCGGUUAAGAAGUCUGAAGUUUUUGCUGUUGCUUUUGCACUGCUCGCAGCAGGUGCUGUGAUUCUGACAUUGAAUGUCUUGCUGCUGGGCGGUCAUAUAAUCUUCUUCCAGAGUUUGAGCCUGCUAGGGUACUGCUUAUUUCCACUUGAUGUAGGGGCUCUUGUCUGCAUGGUGAUGGACAAUGUAAUAGUUAAGUUAGUGGUUGUUGGUGUGACCCUGGCGUGGAGCUCUUGGGCCGCAUAUCCAUUUAUGAGUACGGCCGUCACUUCCAGUAGGAAAGCUCUUGCACUUUACCCUGUUCUUCUCAUGUAUGUAUCUGUUGGCUUUCUUAUCAUUGCCAUCGACUAGUGUAUUUUUUGUUGUUGCUACUGACCAUAAGUCCAUAAGACAAAGAAAAAAAUGUAUAAGUUUUACAGUUGCAUGAAAAUGUUGAAAACAAUUUUUUUGGCUGAGUUUCACCAUCUCUGGAUUAUUAUAACAGAAUGAAUGUAAUGUGUAUUAAUACUAAAUACUGGUGUUGCUAGUUUACUAGUAUAGUUAUGCCCCAUGUGAACC